ACGCACGCACGCAACUUAACGAGACGAUUUUUAUGUGUAUACAAUCACGUGUUAAUAGCCGUUUAUGGACCAAAACAAUAUUGAGAUGUGACGUUUAAUUGAAGAUGGUUUAAAGUGUGUUAAAUGGAGCGAAUAGGUGUUGCGUGGGGCAAGUCGGGCGUUUGUAUGCAGUGCUUAGUGAUUUUGGUUGCCUUAUCAACCAUGGGUCGGGGGCUUGUGGAGACGGAGGAGUUCAUGAGUGACCUGGACUUACCUAUUCCCACUGCUCAUGUAGCUGGCGUGGUUGGGAAGAAGGCAGCACUGCCAUGCGACACACAGCCAUUAUCGUCUGAUGACGGGGCUGCAAUGGUGCUAUGGUUUAAAGAGGCGGACUGGGAACCAUUAUACAGCUAUGACAUCAGAGGUCGAACACCGAGCCAGCCCAAGCUGUGGUCUUCCCCGAGUGGCUUCGGGUCUCGGGCGUAUUUUCGUGCUACAGCCGUACCAGCGAUCCUGCUUCUAGAUAACGUCAGCACCGCAGACACUGGGAUUUAUCGCUGCAGAGUUGACUUUAGGAACUCACCAACCAGGAAUUUGAGAGUCAACUUUACAGUUAUUACUCCACCGAACCGACCAGUCAUAAUAGACGCAAAGACCAGGGACCACACGCGGCUGCUGGAACCGUACGAUGAAGGUGAAACCCUGGAGUUACUCUGCGAAGUUCAUGGAGGUGAUCCUCGGCCGAGUUUGAUAUGGUAUUUAGAGAAUACAGUUAUAGAUGACUCUUAUGAACAACAAAAUGGCGGCGUGACGGUAAAUAAUCUGACGUUCCCGAGCAUCGGUAGGCAGCAUCUCAACGCGAGGCUUAUCUGUCAGGCAUCGAACACUAACCUCGCGCCGCCACAAGCCAAACUUCUGAUAUUAGAUAUAAAUCUAAGGCCGCUCACCGUCCAGAUAUUGAACAAGAACAGACAGCUCUCAGCAGACAGAAGCUACGAGGUAGAAUGCAAAACAUCUGGAUCUAGACCCGAAGCCCAAGUCUCUUGGUGGAAAGGCUUUAAGCCUUUGAGGAAAAAGGCUAAGAAUUUUUCUGAUAGUAAUUCAACCACGAGCAUUCUGACGUUUGUUCCUGAAGCUGAAGAUCAUGAUAACCAACUGAUCUGCCGAGCUGAGAAUCCUCGGGUCGCCAAUUCCAUUAUAGAAGAUAGUUGGCGAUUAAAUAUACACUAUGUACCAAUAGCGACUCUCAAAAUGGGUUCGAAUUUAAACCCUAAUCACAUAAAGGAGGGAGACGAUGUCUACUUUGAAUGCAACGUGCAGUCCAACCCCAAAGCGAACAGACUGGCUUGGUAUAAAGACUCACAAGAGAUCCAACACAAUGCCAGUUCAGGAAUCAUUCUUAGCGAUCAAAGCCUUGUCCUGCAAAGCGUGAACAGAACAGCAUCAGGCGAUUACAGCUGUCUCGCCCACAAUAGUGAAGGCAGUGCUUCGAGUAACCCCUUCUCUUUACAAGUUAGAUAUGUUCCUACCUGCAAAUUACCAGAAGUUGGUCAAGUAUUAGGUGCACUAAAAGCGGAGUUGAUACAAUUAUCUUGCAUUGUUGACUCCAACCCUGAACCUUCUAACUUUGAGUGGACUAUCAGCAGAGCUGGUGACCAGAGUGAAAUACCUCCUAGCUUGUAUAGGAUAAAAGGUAAAACAUCCGUGCUGAAUUAUACUCCAGUUGAAGACAGAGAUUUCGGUACGAUAUCCUGCAUAGCUACUAAUUCUGUUGGAAGACAGGAGACACCUUGUAUUUACAACCUCGUUGCUGCUGGUCGACCUACAGCGUUACAAAAUUGUAGUGUGUUAAAUCAAAGUGAAGAUAGCUUGCAAGUGGAUUGCUUAGAAGGCUUCGACGGAGGACUCCCACAAGUGUUUAUUCUUGAAGUACUUGAGCUACCGUCCAAAAUUGUCCAUGCGAACAUAACUUCAAACUUCACUCCUAGCUUCGAACUGUUAGGGUUGGACAAAGGAAUGAGUUAUGCCCUCAAUUUGUAUGCAGCGAAUGCGAAGGGUAGGAGCGAAGUGGUAGCCCUAUACACAAUCGCUGUCCAAUCGCCAGAUAAAUAUACAGGAGUCAGCAGCCCAUUUAACCUCUCUCCAUUGAUCACGUCACUUGUUGCAAUGUUAGCGCUUCUCAGCGCUGUGGCGUGCGCUAUUAUCAUAGCGGUGUAUCGUAGACAAUUUAUAAGGCGACACGUGAAGCAACCUCCAUCCACGAAUGCUUUAUACUCGGACGACAGUGUGGAAUCCUUCCCCAAGAAAGAUAAUCCCCCGACGUACACCGCUUCCCCGAAAGUUGACUACAGCAGCCAAUAUGAGCUGAAGAUGGACGUAGAAAUGGACGACGAUCCUGACAUUAUACCCGUCCAAUUUGAUAAAAAACCAAUUGAUGAAUAUUGUAAAUCAAAGUUGGGAUUGGAGGAUACUAUGAAAACCAACCAAUCCAUUGCCGUAGCAAAUAAUGGGCACAUAUCAUUCGUGAACCGAGGCGUGACAGCGAGGAGCGUUGACAUCUCCGCCUCGAGGCACGAAGUCGUCACUGCCUCGAGGCGAGUGCGGGAAUCCUGCAUAUAGGAACAGUAAUUCGCUAUUCAAAAAUGUCGUACCAAAAUUAUGAAAAAUGUAAAUAAAGUAUAUUUUCUUGUGGAUACAUUUUGGUUAGAAUGUUAUGUAAUAAGUUUUAAUUAAUAUUUAUGACUCAUUAAGAACAUUCGAUCUAGACAUACCUAUUUAUAGUUAAAUGUGUACGAUUGCCAUUUAAGAUAAUGUCUUAUUGCCUACGGAAAGGAAGAAUUUAGCAGGAAUUGUUAUUGUAUAUACCUAAAUUUUCCACGCUUCGUAUGUGGAACUACCAAAGUCAGUCUGUAAAAAAAUCUAUGAGGAUGAUUUUAAUAUACUAUUUGAUUGUUGUAUCAAUUUGCAGAUAUUAUAUCUAAAACAAUUUGGUCGAAUCUAGCUGAUUUAAUGGCUUGUCUGGCUAAUGGAAGCGCAUUGUACGAGAGAUAGAAAUUAACUUUGAAAUUAAUUUUAUGGUCAAUUGGUUUGUUUUAAGAAAUUACAUUUUGUAACAUUCAACUUAAAAAAAUUAACGUAUAACUCUGUCUAACUGCUUUUUCAAACACUGUUGUGAAAGUAGAGAUAAGGAAAUAUUUAAGGGUAAUUUUCACUAUGGAAUAUAAUAUGUAUGUUCUAUUACAUCCAGAUAUAUAAAUAAAUAUCACAUGUAUACUCGUGUCCAUAUAUUAUAUAUAUUUCGACCCAGAUUGCAAAAUUGAGCUUAUAUCUCGAGAAAUAAUAUACAUUAUAUCCCACAGUGAUAAGCCGGCUUUAUUUUUGUCUGGUUGUUUUACGUAGUUACGAAUACGUACAUGUAUUACGUCCUCUAUAUAAAUUGUGCAAUAUAUUUUUCGUCGUUAAUAAAAUAUAAUUCCCGAAUCUUAAUUAAUAUAAAAAUACGAAUUGCUUAUUUUAUAUAGAGUAUUUUUUAAGUUAGUUGAUAUGCUGAUUUAAAAAAUCAAAUAAUUCAACAUCAUGUUUGUGUGAUGUCGAGAUGAGUACUUAAUUGGAUUGGGGAGCGGUCAAUUGUAGGCUAUGACGUAAUUUUAUUCAAAAUUGUUAAGAAAUUGUGAAAAAACGAAUAUAUGAGUUUCUAUAUUAAGGUUACCUAAAUUGUAAGUUCGAUAUUUUUACAGGGUUAUUUUAAAAUUGUAGCAAACAUUUUAGUAUUUAUAUUUAGUAUACCUUCG